AUGUUUGAGUCUGAUAGAUUUGAUGACCCAUCGGAACAGGUGCGUGGAAGAGGACGUGGCGCCACCUUUGGUGCCAAUCCAAACAGUAAGUUUUCGUACCAAGGAGGCUUCGCUGGAAGAGGUAAGGGUUUGAUCCAGGGAGGUGCAGGAAGAGGAUCAAGCAAGGCUUUUGAAUCAUGGCGGACAGGUGAACCCCAACCUUUCAAACACCAUUGGGAUUCCUUCAAACCAGAAGGGUCAAACAAAAGGGAUCAGGGGGAACCAAAAAACUGGGAAGAGAUGGAAGAUAUGGGAUACCGUGGGGGAAGAGUACCGAGAUUCGCCAAGAUGGAGUUUCCCACAUAUGAUGAAAAGGGUAAUCUAGUCGAAGGGCUUCAAAGAUGUGAAGACCCCUACAAGGUUGGGUUAGGUAAGCCGCCUUUUCACUACAAGGUCGGGCUAGUGGGUGGAAGCAAAAACAGAGAGUUAGCAGGUGGUGGAGCCGGAACAGUGAAAUCUGAAGUGCGGAACUCGGUUUUGAAACGGCUUACGGCUACAAAGAUGGCGGAAAGGCGAGCAAAAGGAUUAUGCUUUAACUGUGAUGAGAUGUUCCCGAUCAGCCAUAAGUGUGCGAAAUUGUUUGGUAUCAUGUUGGAGGACGAAGAAGAUGUUACGUGGGAUGAUCGUGCUGUUUUUACCAACACGUACCCAGGUUUUAAGCUUGCGGACAAGCUUAAUGCAAAGGAAAAGAGUAAUGUUAUGAAUCAUACUUGA